GAACAAAGUCUGCUUCUGAAGCACUGUUAUGAACUGCCUUCACUGAAAGGUUGAAGGACGAUAGUGCCUGUGAAGCUGAGCUGGUGUUUGUGAGAAAAUAGUUAAAUCUUUUGAAAAAUAGUACAAAGCAUGGAAAUUUUCUCCAGCAAACUGGAUUGAAUUACAACUGAAUUGAAUGCACUUCUACAGCACCUUCCCUCAGGGAUCUAAACCAAUUUUCUCACCAUUGCUAAAUGCUGAACUUCCCCUGUACCCUCACAGACAUCCUCUGCAGCUGAGGCUCUGAAAUACUGGAGGACACUGCAUCUUCCUCAGGGACACGGGCAAGGGAGAGCUGGAGCCUCUGGGGGGCUCAGAAAGGAAUUGUGGUUGGUGGUCGCCUGAGGAACUUACCUUCACCCCAAUGUUGCUCUGAAAGGAGUCGUGUCCAACAGUCAGGUUUGGUAAGGAAGUCUGGUGCUGUGUUGAGGCAGUGCAGGUUGUGAUGUGGGAAUGUGUAAUCUGCUUCAUGGGAAGGAGCAGGCUUGUGUGGCAUGGGCAGCUUUAAGAGAAGGAGGCUGCACACCUGGAAAUGGAGCAUCACUUCACCUCUGGUUGCUGAAGAAAGCUGAUUCUCCUCUGCCUUGGGUAGUCAGUUUACAAAUUGAAUGUAAAACAGCACUGGCUGGAUCUUGCAUUCUGUGCUGCUGUGGGUGCCCUUCAGGGAGAAAGGAGGAGAGCUGGAAGCCCUUGGGGCUGGUUGGGGCUUUGGAUCUGGAAGUCACAGGCCACUGGAGCAGAUGCCUCAGGAACAGUACCCGCAGCGGAGCACCAUGCAGACCUCGGAAGGACCCCAGGUAUACAAAGUGGGGAUUUAUGGCUGGAGGAAGAGGUGCCUCUAUUUCUUUGUGCUGCUCCUAAUGAUUUUAAUCCUGGUGAACCUUGCUAUGACCAUCUGGAUUCUGAAGGUUAUGAACUUCACAAUUGAUGGAAUGGGGAACCUGAGGAUCACAGAAAAGGGUCUGAAGCUUGAAGGAGAUUCAGAAUUCUUGAAACCUCUCUACGCCAAAGAAAUCCGAUCAAGACCAGGCAACCCCCUGUACUUCCAGUCCGCCAGGAACGUGACCGUGAACAUCCUCAACGAGAAGACAAAAGUCCUCACUCGCCUUGUAACAGGUCCCCAAGCAGUGGAAGCACACAGCCAAAAAUUUGAGGUGAAAACCCUCUCUGGAAAAUUGCUGUUUUCUGCAGAUGACAACGAAGUGGUGGUUGGAGCAGAGAGAUUGAGAGUUCUAGGAGCAGAAGGCACAGUGUUCCCUAAAUCUAUAGAAACUCCCAAUGUCAGGGCAGACCCCUUCAAGGAACUAAGGCUGGAGUCGCCCACGCGCGCGCUGGUGAUGGAGGCUCCCAAGGGCAUCGAGAUCAACGCCGAGGCCGGCAGCCUGAAGGCCACGUGCAGGACAGAGCUCAGGCUGGAAUCCAAAGAUGGAGAGAUAACGUUGAAUUCUGCAAAAAUCAAACUACCUAACUUGCCUCAAGGAUCUUCCUCUUCUGCAGGGUCCAGGCAAAAAAUCUACGAGCUCUGUGUGUGUCCCAAUGGGCGGCUGUUCCUGUCUCAGGCAGGCAGCAGCUCCACCUGCCAGAUAAACACGAGCGUCUGCCUUUGAGAGACAAUUUGCAGAGGGGCAUCACAGGCAGCACAAAAGCCAGUUCUGGUCUCACAGAUCCAGCUGCCAACUAUUUUUACUAGAACACAGAAAGCCUAUCAAAGACUUUUUUUGUGUGUGCGCGCGCGUGUGUGUGAAUAUAUAUAUAAAAAAUAUAUAUAAGAUAUAUAUAUA